AUGUGUAAGACUCUUGUUGCUAAAUGUGGAAUUCAGGAACCUCAUCCGUUUUUUCACAAGUAUCAUCAGCAAGGUGAUCUGAUUUUGGGUGGCAUUGUUACACAGAACUAUGUUAUUGAAUCUGAUGUAAAAUCCUUCAAGAAAUCACCUAAUGAGACAGUCUUUCUACCAUUCAAGGUACAGACAAAGAACUACCAGCACCUCCUGGCUUUGGUAUUUGCUAUACAGGAGAUAAAUGAUAAUCCCCAGAUCUUACCCAAUAUUACCCUGGGAUUCCACAUCUGUGACAGCUAUUUUCAAGGCAAGUGGACAUACCAGGCCACAAUGCAACUUUUUUCUACAAAAGACAGAAUUUUCCCCAACUACAAAUGUGAUAUUAAAGAUAAUCUAAUUGCCAUUAUUGGGGCACUUCACUCAGAAACUUCCCAGGACAUAGCAAAUGUUUUGGGCAUCUACAAGAUUCCUCAGCUUGUCUUGGUGUCAGCAAUGGCAGACUAUCAGUUGGUGCCUCUCCUGACAUCCCAGCUCUUAUAUAGCCCUACUCCAGUAAUGAUGGUCAAUACCGUUUCCUUCUACACAAUGGUCCCAAAUGAAAACCUCCAGUAUAUGGGGAUUCUCCUUCUAAUUAUCCAUUUCAAGUGGAGAUGGAUUGGGGUUUUAGUUUCAAAUUAUGAGACUGCAGAAAAAUUCAGGCAGUUCAUGAGUUCAAGGUUUUCCCAGAAUGGCAUCUGUUUUGCCUUCAUAGAAGUGAUUGGCGAUAUCGGUUUGGAUGCUACCAAAGAAGCCUUUGAUAAAUGGAUGAUGGGACUGUAUGAUCAAAUCAUGAACAGCACAGCUAAUGCUCUAGUCCUCUAUGGAGAAUCUGGUUUUAUUUCAUUUGUGAGAUUCUUGCUAUUUCAAUCAGAACAGAAAGAUUCGAUUCAAAAGCCAAAAGGUAAAGUCUGGAUUAUGUCAGCCCAAAUGGAAUUAAAAUCAGUGGACAGUCAAAGGACUUGGGAUAUACAAGUCCUUCAUGGUGCUUUAUCUUUGGCAAUGCACUCCAAUGAGCUACAGGGAUUCAGAGAAUUUCUUCAGAGAAGAAAUCCUUCCAGUGCAAAAGAAGAUGGUUUCAUCAGAGAUUUCUGGGCUCAGGCAUUUGACUGUGCAUUCCCAGAUUCUUCUAUGGGAGAGGAGAAUGGGAAUAUUUGCACUGGGGAGGAGAGAUUGGAGAACCUUCCAGGGUCUUUUUUUAAAAUGAGUAUGACUGGCCACAGCUACAAUAUAUAUAAUGCUGUCUAUGCAGUGGCUCAUGCUUUACAUGCCAUAUAUUCGUCUAGAUCCAGAACUAGAGCAAUGAUGGAGAGUGAAAGAAGGAUUCUUCUGACUCAGCAACUAUGGCAGCUCCAUCAGUUUCUAAAACAUGUCUCAUUUAACAACAGUGCUGGAGACAAGGUUUCCUUUGACCAGAAUGGGGUAAUAGUAGCAGGAUUCAAUGUUAUUAAUUGGGUCACAUUCCCAAACCAGUCUUUUGUUAGAGUCAAAGUUGGAAAGAUGGAAUCUCAGGUUUCUGUAGAACAAGCAUUCUCCAUUAAUGAUGAUACCAUUGCAUGGCACAAUUGGUUUAACCAGGCACAGCCUCUUUCUGAAUGCAAUGACUACUGCUAUCCUGGUUAUAGCAAGAAAAAGAAGGAGCCAUCCUGCUGCUAUGAUUGCAUUCGAUGUCCAGAAGGGAACAUGUCUGAUACGAAGGAUAUGGUUGUCUGCUAUAAAUGCUCAGAUGACCAUUAUCCAAACAAAGAUCAGAAUUCCUGCAUUCCCAAAUGUGUAACCUUCUUAUCUUAUGAAGAACCUUUGGGGAUUGGCUUAGCUGUUGCUGCUCUUUCAUUUUCUGUGAUCACAGCUCUAGUGCUAGGAAUGUUUACAAAGCACCACAAUACUCCCAUCGUCAAAGCCAACAACAGGAACCUCACCUACACUCUCCUUAUCUCACUCUUCCUUUGCUUCCAUUGUGUGUUGUUAUUCAUUGGCCAGCCUAACAAGGUGACCUGUCUCCUACGCCAAACUGCUUUUGUCAUCAUCUUCUCAGUGACUGUUUCUUGCGUUUUGGCAAAAACCAUCACAGCAGUUCUGGCUUUCAUGGCCAACAAGCCAGGAAGCACAAUGAGAAAAUGGGUGGGGAAAACUCUGGCCAACACCAUUGUGCUUUGCUGCUCCUUGAUUCAAGUAGGCAUUUGUGCUGUGUGGUUGUCAACCUCUCCUCCAUUUCCAGAUAUGGACAUGCAUUCAAAGACUGAAGAAAUUGUUUUAGCUUGCAAUGAGGGUUCACCCAUCAUGUUUUACUGUGUAUUGGGUUAUAUGGGCUUGCUAGCCAUCGCUAGCUUUACUGUGGCUUUUCUUGCCAGGAAAUUACCCAACAGUUUCAAUGAAGCCAAGUUUAUCACGUUCAGCAUGUUGGUAUUCUGCAGUGUUUGGUUAUCCUUUGUUCCAACCUACAUGAGCACCAAGGGAAAGUACAUGGUUGCUGUGGAGAUCUUUUCUAUUUUAAGUUCCAGUGGCGGUCUUCUGGGCUGCAUCUUUUCUCUCAAAUGUUACAUUAUGAUGCUGAGGCCAGAGCUAAACAAUAGGGAUCAGCUAAUAAGGAAAAGCAAGUGA